GCCAUUCGCAUUGUAGAGGCUCACUUCAAAAUGGGAGGUUUAACGCAGGUUUUAGUUUUUUGUGCGGUGGUGGUGGCCGUUCGGGCCGCCAUGAUCGAAAGUAAUAUCCCACUUCCCGAUGAAAAUGCUUGGUGGGGACCAGGCGCAGCGGAGGCCGUCGAUACAAGUAUCAGGCCAUUCAAAAUCAGUUUUGAAGAGAAGAUGAUCGAAGAUCUACGCUAUCGUUUGAAGAACCAUCGUCCCUUCACACCGCCCCUGGAGGAUGCCGGUUUCAACUAUGGAUUCAACACCGCUGUUUUGAACGACUGGGUGUCUUACUGGGCCAAUUCUUAUAACUUCACUGAGAGGGAAAAUUAUAUGAACUUGUACCCACAAUUCAAAACUAACAUCCAAGGACUGGACAUCCACUUUGUUAGGGUGAAACCCGAGGUUCCCGCUGGUGUGGAAGUGCUCCCAAUUUUGAUGUUGCACGGCUGGCCUGCUACCGUGCUUGAGUUUUACAAGGUCAUUCCCUUGUUAACAGAAGUCUCUGAAGAAAGGGGUUACGCUCUCGAGCUGAUCAUUCCCAGUCUACCAGGAUUUGGAUUUUCAGAUGCUACCAACAAACAAGGACUAGGAGCCACAGAAAUGGCGGUGAUAUUCAGAAACCUGAUGCACAGACUUGGCCACGAGAAGUUCUACAUUCACGGCGGAGAUUGGGGCGCGUACAUCUGUUUCAACUUGGCCAGCUUGUUCCCUGAUGAAGUAUACGGCUACCACACCAACUAUGGAAUAUCCUUUUCACCAGCAUCAUGGAUCACUUGGUUCAUGGGAUCUUUUGGUGAAGGCGCACAAAACCUGGUUGUUGAGAAACAUUUGGCAGGAAGACUGUACCCGACUACAAGUAUUUUAAAGGAACUUAUGACUAAAUCCGGUUACUUGCAUAUACAAGCUACCAAGCCUGACACCAUUGGUGUUGGUAUGUCAGACAGUCCAUCAGGUCUUCUCGCUUACGUAUUCCAGUUCGUUUCGAUGGCUGUCAGAAUUGAUAACAUCAAUAAAACGGACGGUGGCCUUCUAGACCACUAUACAAGAGAAGAGUUACUCGAUAACCUCAUGGUCUACUGGAUGCAGAACAACUUCAACACAGCCUGCAGGAUCUACGCAGAGACUUUGAAUAUGAGGAACUUGAACAAUGGCUGGUUCUCAUUGAGCACUCCAGUGCCGGUAUACCUAAUCCAGGCAGACAACGACCUCCUGUACAUGUCGACGCCGAUGCUCCAACACAUUUACACCAACAUCGUCCACAACAAAGCCAUCGAUGGAGCUGGACAUUUCUUAGCCUCUGAAAAACCUGAAUUGUUCUCAAACUCCGUGUACGAAGCUCUUGAUAUGUUCAGGAAGCAGAAGGAUGAUUGUAAAGACGAAUUGUAAAUAUGAAAAAUAAAUUGUUUUGAAUCUAUUAUCGAUUAUUUUAGGUAAAAUCGUAGUACCUUUCUGUAAUGGACAAGUUAUUGUUGAAAUUUAAUAAAAUUAUUUGUUAACAUUA